CUGACAGCCAUUCGGUCGCCGCGAGUUGUCAGAUGCAUUGGCUGAAUCUCCUCGCAAGUCCUCUCUUCCUUUGCCUCUUCCUCUCCUCUUCUUGAACCAUGUGUGGCAUCAUCGCGUUGAUGCUUGCCAACAAGUACGAGCACUGCAACCAGGGGCUCUACGAUGGUCUCACUGUGCUACAGCACCGCGGACAAGACGCUGCCGGCAUCAUGACGUGCGAGAAGAAGCGUCUGUUCCUGCGCAAGGACAACGGCCUUGUGCGUGACGUGUUCAAGCAGAACCACAUGCUCAACCUGCGCGGCAACAUGGGCAUCGGCCACUGCCGCUACCCCACUGCCGGUUCGAGCUCCAGCUCGGAGGCGCAGCCGUUCUACACCAACUCUCCGUACGGCGUGGCGCUCGCCCAUAAUGGCAACCUCACCAACUCGCACGAGCUUGUGGAUCAGCUGGCCAACACUAAUUUCCGCCACGUUAACACCGACUCGGACUCGGAGUUGCUGCUCAACAUCUUGGCCGAUGAGCUGCUCAAGCGUGUGGACCAGCCCCUUGACACGGAGAUGGUGCUGGACGCUGUCACGGGAGUCUUCAAGCGCUGCCGUGGUGGCUACUCGGCUGUCGUGCUUAUUAACGGCUUUGGCAUCGUUGCCUUCCGUGACCCGCACGGUAUUCGCCCGCUCGUGUACGGUACUCGCAAGACUCAGCACGGUACCGACUACGUCGUGGCCUCUGAGAGCGUCGCCAUCGAUACGCUUGAGUUCAAAACGGAGCGUGAUUUUGCCCCCGGUGAGGCUAUGGUUAUCAAGCAGAGCGGAGAAAUGACCACGCGCAAGUGCGUGCCGGACGCCAAGCUGUCGCCCUGCAUCUUCGAGCACGUGUACUUCGCCCGUCCGGACUCGUUCAUCGACGGUGUGUCGGUGUACCAGGCACGUCGUAACAUGGGCUCCAAGCUCGCCCAGAAGAUUCUGCGCGAACGUCCUGAUCACGGCAUUGACGUGGUCAUUCCUAUCCCCGACACAAGCCGCACGUCGGCUCUCGAGGCAUCGCAGAGUCUCAACAUUCCGUACCGUGAAGGUUUCGUCAAGAACCGCUACAUUGCACGUACGUUCAUUAUGCCUGGCCAGAUCGCACGGAAGAAGACGGUGCGCAUGAAAUUGAAUGCUAUCCGCUCCGAGUUUGAGGGCAAGGUUGUGCUGUUAGUGGACGACUCCAUCGUGCGUGGCACCACGUCCCGCCAGAUUGUGCAGAUCGCGCGUGAGAACGGCGCCAAGGCCGUGUACUUCGCUUCGGCUGCUCCUGCUAUCCGUCACCCUAACGUGUACGGUAUUGACAUGCCCACGACGGAGGAGCUCAUUGCCUUCAACAAGACGGAGGCUCAGGUGGCAAAGGAGAUUGGCUGCGAGUGGAUGAUCUACCAGGAUUUGAAGGAUCUUGAGGACUCAGUGCGGCAGGAGAACUCAGCGCUGGAGAACUUUGACUCGUCGUGCUUCAACGGCAAAUAUGUCACGGGCGAUGUGAACCAGGCGUACUUCGAGCGAUUGCACGCUGAGCGUUGCGACGCGCGCAUGCAGGCCAAGAACAUGGGCUUCACCCCGUUCAACCGCACGAUCUCCACCCCGCAGUCCGAUGAGAGCAUUGACAUGUACAACGCUCCGCAGUAAACGUGUGAAUCUUCCUAACCUGGGCUAAGGUCGGAAGGGCCGAGGAGAUGCCACCUGUACGUGGCUUCCUCAUACUGAGUAUGGUGGGGGUAUGAUGGACCCCUUCCUCUGUAGACUCUACAUAGAGCAAGAAAUGCACACAAGUUUCUUUCCAAACGCUCUCAACACACCGAAGAUAAACACUUCGAAGUAGUGUGUACUUAAGUAUGUUGGAGAAGAGCAUGCACUUCCAAAAAACCGCUCUUCUUCCUAGUGAAAACAUAACAAAUAGAACUUUCGUGAUGGAAUGCUGCUGCAUGCUGCGCAGCAUUUCCCCACAUCUUUGCGAUUUC